GCGCGCUGAGCAGUUCGAGGCUCUGGGCACGGAGGUCACGCUGGGGAACUGGUCGGAACCUACUAGAAGCAACUACACCGCCAACGGUCGGAAGGCCAGGCGUGCUAUGGCAGCUACCUUAGAUGCCAUCACAGGAACCGUGGACGAGACAGCGGGUCUGGUCCGAGGAGUUGGUGACACCACUGCCGCCACCCUUGGGGCGACUCUGCGCCUUACUGGUGGCCUCACGCGCGGCCUCGGGCAGGCUGUUCAGACGUUUGGAGAGACGCAAGUGAUCAAGCAUGGCCCUCUCGCCGCGCCGUCACGAGUUUUCGCUGGCGUCUACAGAAUAGCAGGAGCCGUGCUCACUGGAGCUGGCAACGCAACCAUCGGCCUCGGUGGCACUGUCGAGGGCAUCACAGCUGAGGCAUCAAAGGUUGCUGAGGACAGCGUGAAGGUCCUCAGCGAGCCGACGCGAAGCCUGGGAGCUGCCUUGCGGGGUCAAAGCCGGCAGCCUUUGCCCAAGCUGGACACGGAGGAUAAGGUGAACUCCCCUUCGGCCAGCAGCUACCUCGUCACGCGGCCUAGGCAACGUCGAGUUGCGGAGCAGUUUGCCCGACGGCUGCUGCGCGAUGCCUUUGGUAGUCCAAGUGAGAGGACGGUUGCUCUGGCUCCGCCAUUGACUCUGGCUCUAAUGGUUGCGUGGAUACUUGGCCGCUCAAGUCGAGCUCCAAACGGUGUCAGGUCAGGGUCCUCAUAUGCAGAGCAUCUCCACUUGGAGCAGCUGAUACCAGAGAAUGGCGAUGCCAGCCGACAAGUGAGCGAAGAAUCGCAGGCGAGAUCUCGGAGUGCCAGGCUGCGCAGGCUGCUUCGACGUGUGAGGUGUCGCCGAUGUCGCCCGGGUGUGUGGCUGCAUUGCGCUGGCCUUGCGAUGAUUCUGACCGUCGUGCUGAGCUUGGAUCAGGAACAGCAGCGACGAGCGCGAAUUGUCGAGCAAGGUUUGGGGGUCUACAGCGCUGUCAGCGACGAAGAGGAAAGCAUACACUGGCUGAACAUGGUCGUUGGAGCUGUGUGGACACCAGUGAAGCAGGCAGUUAGCGGAUUGGGCGCUGAGCUGGCAGCAAUGUUCACAUUCCAGAUGACUCCUGGGGAGGGGGAUGCGCUUAGCAUUGCCUUUGAAAAUGUCACCUUCGGCCUGAAUCCACCCGUGCUGGACGCCGUCCGCAUGCCCAGGGAAAGCGCAGAGCAGGCGCUUGGCAAGGCGAUGACCGCGGCGCGCGACGGGCGCCCGAAGGGAAGUCUCAGGCCGCAAGUGGUGAUGAUGGAGGCGGAUCUUCUUUGGGUUGCGGAUCAGGAGUUUGAGGUGUUGGUGAAAGCCAGUGCAAGAUCUGGCGUUGGCUCGCUCCCACUUUUCCCUCAGCUACGGGUGCGCCUUGGGGAUUUUGUCUUCGGGCCGGUGCCUAUCGCCGUUGCAAUGGAGGCGGCUCCACAGGGAUACCCGUACGUGGGUCUGGUGGCCUUGACUUUCGUUUCCGAGCCGACUGUGGCCUUCUCCAUCACGCCCGAGAACAUUCUCGGUGGCGCCGUGUCUGCUUUGCCUUUGCUGCGAGAAGCGCUGACCGCAGGGUUGAUCUCCUCUUUGCCGCUGCUUACGGAUGACCAGGUCUUGGUAUACGAUCUCGGCGAGUACCUGGCCCCUGGACUCUUCCCACGGCCAGAACUCGCUGACCACGCAGAUGUGGAGAAGCCCGGCAAUCAGCAUACGCGAAGCGGUCUUUUUCAGUGGCUGUUCAAGCCCCGGCGUCGGAGUUCGCGCCAAAGGGACGCGCAGGAGAACGUGAUUAAGUGA